AUGCGUGCUGCACUCAAUAUUGAAGCACGAGUUAUUUAUGAAGCAUUAUAUUCUGUUCAUGGUGAUCAAGCUCCUUGUCUCAGAACAGUUGAACUAUGGUGCAAACGAUUUCGUGAAGGUCAAGAAGAACUUGAAAACGAAGCACGACUUGGUAGACCUAUUACUGAAACAACUCCUGAAAAUAUCGAACAAGUCCGUCUUAUUAUUGAAGAUGAUCCUUGUGUUACAAUAGAAGAAGUGCAAGACCAAACUGUUUUAAGCUAUGGUACUACUCAGCGAAUCAUCACCGACCAUUUACAACUUAGCAAAAUCACCGCUCGUUAUUUACCGAAACAACUUACUGAUUUUCAACGGAAUGCAACGAGUCAUGGUUCUAUCAUAAACAAAUUGGUCGAAAGUCAUCAAAUGCUUCUUAGAUGGCAAAAGUUGGAUAGUGAUGAAAUAGGAUCGGAAAAUAGAGCUUCACUUGCUCUAUAA